AUGCUGCCUAAACCAGGAGUGUUUGGAGGGUCAGUUUUUCAUCUUUUUAUUCAAAAAGCCGCAGAAGAAGUCCUAGCUACCGUUGACAAAGAUGGUUCUGUUGCGGUUGAUACCGAGGAACGCCGACAGGAAUCGAGGAACCAUACAUCAGGAAUUUCGUCGCCAAGCACGACAAAGACGGUGAUGGUCUUUUUAACGCAAAAGAACUUGAGGUGCACCUUUAGAGCUGCGGUCUACAAAGAUGCUAGCAUAUGCUAG